AUGUCAACACAAGAAAGAAAUACCAUGGAAAUUGGUGAUGGUAGGGAUGGUAGUGAUGGUGGUGAUGAUGAUGUAGCAACGAUGUCUACGUCUACAGAUCGUACAUGUGGUUAUAAAAAGCGAAAAAGAACUUCCAAGGUGUGGGCAGAUUUCGAUUUUAUUUCCGCAAAUCACUUUCCCGACAAGUUGUUGAGCAUGGUGGACUUCAGAAUGUUGAUGGCUUAUUUAAAUGAUGAUUUCAAGUCAUUUACUCGGAACACUGCUAAGUCUCAUUGUUUGAAGAUUCAUAAGAGGGAAAAAGAGAAGCUGGAAGCUCUUUUGAGUGGGGUUCCUGGUAGGAUUUCUUUGACUUGUGAUUUGUGGACUUCUUGUGCUACUGAAGCCUAUCUUUGUUUGACGCUAUAUGGUCAAGCUGUUGCUAAAACAAAAUGUCUUGAGCGUCGAGGAAAGAUAUGUGAUCUAUUAAAGGAGUACAAUGACUCUACUGAUCAAUCAUCAUCACUUGCUGAGUCUAUUGAUGAAGAUAUAAGCUAUGAAGAUGAUAUGGAUGAGUUCGAUUCAUUUGGGGAAAUUCAAUUCUUGAGUGAUAGGACACAAUUAGAUGAAUAUCUGGAUUGUAAAAGGCUCAAUCGCAAACAACCGUUGGAUGUUCUUUUAUGGUGGAAGACGAAUGAAUCUCGAUUCCCACAGCUUGCUUGUGUGGCUAGAGAUGUUUUGAGCAUUCCUAUCACUACUGUAGCUUCAGAGUCGGCUUUCAGUAUGGGAGCUUUGAUUACCACACACAAUUGGCUAUAUGGAUUUCCAAGUGAUGAUCGUGAUAAUGGACUCGAGGUGGAAAUUUCAAAGGCGGUCGGAACAUCUUCAAUGACUUUUAGCUCUACUCCUGUGUGA